CUCGAGCACACAGCAUACAGUCGAGCACAGCAUACAGUCGAGCACAGCACACAACAGCGCAUGGCCGACAUCGAGGAAUCAACAGUCCCAACCAAAACACGUCGCGUCAUCGCAGACGACGACGAAGACGAGGAUGACGCUCUCCCCGACCUCGCCUCGGCUGUAUCGAAACCGGCGGUUGCGGAUGUGGUAGAUGGUGAUGACGAGGAUGAUUUAUUCGGAGAUGGGGAUGUAGAUCCAGUUCCUGAACAAGCUGUGGAUGAGGACGAAGCAGCAGGCGAAGACGACCUUUUCGGCGAUGAUGACGACGAGCAGCCCACCUAUGCCGACCAAUCCCAAAACUACAACACCCAAGACCCCUACACCACCGCCAACGACGACGACGACGACAAUGACGACGACACCCCUCCCCUCGAAGUCGACCUCGCCGCAUUCCCGAGUCCACCCACCGCCUCCGCACCCGAAGCAGGAGCAGGAAAUGGGAUUAUCCACUCCACCCUCCCCGCGUUUUUAGCGAUCGAGAGUGAGUGUUUCGAUCCAGCAACAUACGUCCCAAUCCCGGGAUCCGCCCCGGACGCGCUCGCAAAAAUCGAAAACACGAUUCGUUGGCGCCACCCCUCCUCUCCCUCUUCUUUAAACCCCUCCUCCGCUGUCACCAGCAACGCCCGAAUCGUCCGCUGGUCCGAUUCCUCCCUAACCCUCUUCAUAAACUCCGAGCACUUCCGCCUAACAACAACCCCCCUCCCCCCCUCCCAAACCUACCUCGCAACCUCCCACCAAGAAUCAUCACUCGUCCGACUCAGCACCACUAUCGGACGAGAAAUCGGCGUCGUUCCGUUUGGGACGGGGAGUAGGACGCAUAGGAUGAUGGCUGCUGUUGCGAAGGCGAAGAACCCCGUGGCCACCGGCGCAGGAGCAGGAGGAGCAGGAGGAGCAGGAGCAGGAGGAGCGGGGAAGAGGGGAAUCAUGUUGUAUGCGGUAGGUAAGGAGGAGGAAGAGGCACAAGCCGCACAUCUCCUCGCCCUCGAAGACCAAUUCCGUGCGAAAAAGCGUAUGGAGGCAAAACGCCGCGCUGCACGUGAUAGGCUGGAAUACGGCGAGGACGGGCUUUCUGCCGCUGCACUCGAGGAAUAGGUAUGCGGAGGAGGGGGAGGGGGAUGAUGGGUUUGUUGUUGAGGAUGAGGAGGAGGAUGGGGAGAGGACGCGGAGGUUGGCGAAGGUUAAAGCACAAGGGGCUGCUGCGUACCACAACAAAAAACCGAAGACGAAGAAGAGGGGUGAG